AUGUCUAAUUAUGGUGAAAAACGGAAUGAAUCCGUUCCUUUGUUAUCAUCCAAUACAUAUAAAUACAAGAACAGAUCAAAAAAUUCUAACAAACAAUUUGAUUCAAGUAAAAGGGUCUCUUCUUUUAAUAUCGGCGGUAACAACAACAACACUGAUUUAUUAGCGUCUGAUUUCGACCAUGUGGAUUCAUGGGGGAUGCUACAUGAAUCGGAUACAGAUUUUGGUUAUAAUUAUGAUUUGGAACGUGGUGACAGGUUGAUGGAUUCCAGCCUUUUAAAUGACGCACAAAUCCAAAGAGAUACAGACCAGCAUAACGCUUUCAUAGAUCACACACAUACCCUCUCAAAAGAUGAAUCAUCACAGAUACCAAACCAUUUGGUAUCCUAUAAAUAUAAUUCGCAUGGGAAAUCAUCCAAAAAAAAUAAAAAUAAUCGUGGUAAGAAUAAAAAGAAAAAUAUCCACGGUACUAAUAAUCCAAAAAAACUUGAAGGUGAUGUAGUCAUCGAUGUAGAUGCUUUAUUACAACAUGUACAACAAAAUACUAUCACUGCGAAUAGUAACAGUAACAAUAACAGUAACAGUAACAGUAACAGUAACAGUAAUAAUAAUAAUAAUCACCUUCACAAUAAUAGUAGUGGCAAUAAGUAUUCAAAUAUCACUCAUCCUUUAGUAUCAUUAACUGCAGAAGAUGAUGAAUACGACUCCACAUCAAGUUUUUCAUCCUACACAUCCUCAGAAGAAGAUGAAUAUAAUUCAAGGCCCUCUUCAAGAGGUAGUUCCUCUUCACAUUCAUCAUUAGAUGACGUUUGUCUUGUCCUUGAAGAUGAAACUACAAAUGAUAAUCAAAAAAUUUGGCCUGAUGUCUCUGUGUUGGAGGAAUUCUCUAAAGAAGAAACUGAAAGAUUGAGAAGACAAGCUUUAGAAGACGCAGAAAGAUUUCAUCUUCAUUAUGAUGAGACCGAAGAAGAAACUGAUGAUAAUGAUAUUAUCAACAGAAACAAAUCAGGAAAUAUUACAAGCAUCAAUAAACAAAGUAAGAAAAGUGGUAUUUUCUUUUCUCAUCCCAUUGUAACUAAUAUUGACGUUCCUGAAUUGGAAAACAAAAAAGUAAAUGAAGCUGAACAUUUAUCCAAAAAUGGUAGGCUGAGACCAAAGAAAGUAGCACCAUGGCAUUUAAUGCAAAGACCCAGUAAUAUUAAAACUACAUUACUGAAUGGUGAACUACCUCAUAGUCCUGUGAGAAAUACAAAUAUGUCUGGGACACCGUUAAAUUUAAGCAAACUUAAGAAUUCUAAUAUUGAUUCUACCAUGAGAGACAAUUUUUUAGUAGGAAGAAAUAUUCAAUAUCCACAUCACAUAAUUUCUAAUAACCCCGAACAUUUCAGAUUUGCCUAUUUUAGAAUGGAUUUAGAUGCUACAGUCCAUUCCCCAACCAUCUCUGGAUUGUUGCAACCAGGACAGAAAUUUGAAGAUCUCUUUGUCAGUUCGAUAUACAUGAACCCAGAUAAUUUAAAUCAGGACACUAUAUCAACCAAAGUUACAUCACCUUCCUCACCACAAAAUAAUAAUCCAACGUUGAAUAGUCACAAUUCAUCAAAUGCCAAUAUGGUAAACACAACUCUCAAUUCAACUUUACUUUCACAACCACAACCACAGCCACAAUCACAACCGGUCCAUUCGGUACUAAACAAAAUUACAACCAAUAUAUCAUCUAACCAUAGUGGAACAAAUCUCACUACUUAUAAUAGUGGUACAGGAAGUGGAAUUAAGGGCAAGACCCCCUCAAUUGCGUUGGAAGACAUCCAUCCAUUUUGGCUAGAUGUGAUUAAUCCAACAGAGGAAGAAAUGAAAGUAUUAAGUAAAGCAUUUGGUAUCCAUCCCCUAACUACAGAAGAUAUUUUCUUGGGUGAAAUAAGAGAAAAAGUGGAAUUAUUUAAGGAUUAUUAUUUAAUAUGUUUUAGAAGUUUCGAUAUCGUUGCUGAGAAACAUACAAGACGAAAAAAAUUCAAAUCUGAAACCUUUGAUAGCAGCGAUGAUUCCUCUGAUAAAUCAUUACACACUGGAAAUAAGAGGAAUAAUAACAAUGUGUCAUGGUUCCAUUCAUUAUUUAGGAGAAAUAGAAGAAGAUCAUCUAUAUACUCUUCUAAAUCUGACUAUGGAUCAGUUAAUCACACCAGUGUUACAAGGAGACGCAGACAGAGUAUACUUAAAAAACGUGAAGAAAGAGAAAAAUUUAAACGUAAAUCAGGUGAUAGACAUAAACCUCGAGCUGGUGAAUUAGAGCCACUAAAUGUCUAUAUUAUUGUCUUCCGCACUGGUGUGUUAACAUUCCAUUUUGCACCUACCCCACACCCUAUUAACGUAAGAAGAAGAGCAAGGCUAUUAAAGGAUUAUUUAAAUGUUACAUCAGAUUGGAUUGCCUAUGCCUUAAUAGAUGAUAUUACAGACGCAUUUGGGCCUAUGAUAGAAUUGAUUGAAGAUGAAGUCUAUGAUAUUGAGGAUGCGAUUAUAAAAAUGAAUCAAAUUGAUGACACAUCUUCCUCAUCAGACUCGUCAGACUCAUCAGACUCGGAUGAUAAUAUAAUAUACCUGGAUAAUGAAAAUGAUGAUAAUAGUGAUACAUCACAACAUUUAUUUAGUAGAAGAAGUCCACCAAGAAGAAGGAAGAGUAUUUUUUCACGACACACGACAGGUACGUUAUCAUCUGGAACAUCAAGAAGCAGUAAAAGUUCAAACUUCAGAUCUAUAUCAACCAGAAGCACUCGUAGUACUCGUUCUUCAUCAAGUAUUUCUACUUUUAACGCUAAUAUAAUUGGGUGGAAGAAAAAAGGAGAUAUGUUACGUCGUAUUGGAGAUUGUCGUAAACGUGUUAUGAGUAUUCUUCGAUUGCUUGGUGCUAAAGCAGAUGUUAUUAAAGGUUUUGCCAAGAGAUAUAAUGGGCAAUGGGAUCCAGUGCCGCAGACAGAAAUUGGAAUGUAUCUUGAUGAUAUUCAAGAUCAUAUUAUUACAAUGGUUUCAUCAUUAAACCACUAUGAAAAGCUAUUAAGUAGAUCCCAUUCUAAUUAUUUGGCACAGAUCAAUAUUGAUAUGACAAAAGUUAAUAAUGAUAUGAACGAUGUAUUGGGUAAAAUCACUAUCCUAGGUACUAUUGUUUUGCCUAUGAAUGUAAUUACAGGUUUGUGGGGAAUGAAUGUUAUUGUCCCAGGCCAAUUUAACGAAUCAUUAACUUGGUUUUGCAGCAUCUUCCUCUGUAUGAUAAUUCUAGCAUAUGGUGCGUUUGUAUACACAAAGAGACGGUUCGGCUUUUAA